AAUAAUACACCAUGAAGGGCUCCGUGAGAAUUAGACUUGCCAGAUUCGGCAGAAAGAGAGCGCCGUUUUACAACAUUGUCGUUGCAAACGCCAGAUCUGGCAGAGACAACCAGCCGAUCGAGGUGGUUGGGACCUACAACCCGAUCCCCACCGAGGUCACCCCGGAACAGAGGGCCCAGGGCGUGAUGCCGACCAAGGAUAUAAAGUUGGACUUUACCAGAUCCAAGUACUGGAUUGGUGUGGGCGCCCAGCCGACCCCGGUGGUUCAGAGAUUGUUCAAGAAGGCGGGAAUUUUGGACCCAAUGUGGCCAGCGCCAGACCAGACCACCAAGGCCGACUCUCCAAUCGUCCAAGCCGCCAAGGACAACUUGAAGUAGGGCAGGGGAAGGUGAGUUCAUGUAUAUAUAGCGGGUUUUAGAAUUGAAUUUUAUCCUUUGAA